AUGAUAGGAAAUCGUCGUCCAUUAUCGAGUCAACGUCCAUUAAUUGGGAAAAAGCGAGUUGAUAUCGUAUAUCGAUCGAAAUGGAUCACCAACAACUUCGUUGUAGGAGAUCCUUUAGGAGCAGGUUCAUUCGGAAAAGUAUGGACAGUUGAAUGUCGCAAGAAACCAGCACAGUUGUUCGCGUUGAAAGUUCCCGCACCUGGCUUCAAUCCGAAACAUAUAGCGAUGGAGCUAAAGGUCAUGCGAACGAUAUCUGGAGGUCCAAAUGUUGUCGAAUUCAUUGCGGCAUAUCGGGAACUAGAUCGGGUGUUUGUAGUUAUGAAUUACUUCCCACAUGAUGAUAUUUUUAGCCUUAUCCACAAAAUUCCUCUUGAAGAAUCCCUUGAAUACAUGCGGAAUCUUUUUGUUGCACUCCAUCACAUCCAUCGUUACCGAGUGAUUCAUCGAGAUAUUAAACCUGCAAACUUCCUGUACAAUCGUGCCCAGCGCAGGUACCUUCUUGUAGACUUUGGCUUGUCCCAUUUUGUCACUUCAAACUCAUCACGGAAGAGUUCUACUGAUAAUUUGCCUUCAAUCAAAGAAAAUGUUAUUUCAAGUCCAAUCGAUCCACCGCCAGCAAAACGCUGUAAACGACUCAGUGACGAUGUCUUAAUGCCCACGCGCCCACCUUUCAUCAAACAUCCCAAGUGUGGGUGCACAUCGUUUGCUGAAGUUUGUGAUGUAUGCAAGGAACUUCCUGCUAAGCAUGUCAAUAAGGCUGGAACACCAGGCUAUCGAGCACCAGAAAUUUUGUUACGAUUCGAUGAGCAAACAACAGAAAUAGAUAUUUUUGCUGCAGGGGUGACAAUGCUGUCCUUUCUCUUGAAAAAACAUCCAGUGUUUCGUCCAGCUAACGACGUCGAAGCUUUGGCACAGAUGGCUACCUUUCUUGGCAGUACUGCUCUAGUAGAGGCUGCCGCAGAGUGUGGCGUAACGUUGCUUUGUGAUCCUCCACUACCAGGAAUGGAUAUGGUGAAACUUGCUCACAAUUUCGGUAAGGACAUUCGUGAGGCAGAGAAUUGCAAGCCUGGAUGCAGAGCGUGUAUGACGCUUAUCUAUCAGAACAACUCAGGAUUUUGUUUUUGCAAACAUUCGGAACGAGAGUCUAUGGGCCAAUUGGAGGGUGCAGAGCGAGUUGCUUUCGAAGUGCUUAGCCACUGUUUAAAUCCGAAUCCUUUACGACGAUAUACGGCUCGUAUGCUUGCAGAUCUUAUAGGCUCUGCAACUGGAAAGCCAAAAUUGUAG